AUGGACACAGUCCCAGUUUCGGAACAACGGAAGAUUUUUCUCGCAUGCAAGGCGAUCUUCAGUGGCUCGAACGCGAAUCUACGAAAGAAGAAGCUCGUGCAGGCUCAGCUGCAGAGCCAUAAAAGCUCGCUACAGAAGCUGAUACCGAACUACACCCUCGAACGCACUCUGCCCGUGGUGCGGAGCUUCUUGGAGAAUGGCCUUUUCCAGUCUGAGAGUAAAGCCCAAAGGCAGUUCCCUGGACUCUUAGAGCCAUGCGUGGUGCAGAAAACCCAGCAUGCAGCCCUGGAACAGCAAGCAUCGCGCUCCAAUGAACGGGCUCUUCAAGAGGUUGCGAAGACAUACGAGGCUGAACAGAAGCACGCAGAAGAAGAGGUCGUCGCCCCGGAGCCUCCUCUGGCCCCGACAGCGAUGGUGACUGAGAAAGCGGCGGUCGCACAGCAGACAUUAGGGAGGGAUUCAGAUCAUACCCCAUCUUCCGAUCAACCGCCCACCUCUUUGUUUCCCCUGUAUCUGCCCUACCACGCGCAGCAUCAAGUCCUCACCACUGUCCAACAGGUUCUGGAGGAUGGCAUCUUCGAGUUCUGCCAGCAAUGGCUACCGGACGAACUCAUCAGCCGAGGCUGGGACUGUGCAGCGGCGGUCGAGCUCAGCAAAUGGACGCGUCUUCUCGGCCGAUGGUCGUCGCAGCUACCCGAGGGCACGCUCCGUCCGACGGACCUCCCUCUGGAGACAAUCCUCGCGGCCGUGGUGAAGAUCCGGCAUACUGCGGUGCAUCGCCUCCCCACGACUGCGCAGGGGGUCUGUGAUCUUGUGGCCGUCGCCGGAAAACUGGCGGCGACGCUGGGCGAUACGUUGCGCGGCGCGCAGCUGGAUGACCUGCAUCGUGACUUGCAGGAGAAGAUCCAGAUCCUAGAAUCGAAUCUGAGUCUGCUGGAAGCGACUCUCGCCUGCCAGUUGGACGGCAUCCAGGCGGAGCGGGAUCGGCUGGAUCGGGAGGAGCAGGCGCUCCGGGCGAAGACGAUCCAGGACGAUGGCGAGAACAAGCGCAUGGUCGGGCUGCUGGUGGAGCGGGCGAUCGAUCAAAUCUUUACCGUCUCGAUGGUCGAACCCGGGGCGGCAGGGCUUGAUAGAGGCGAUGUAGAGUACUGGCGUUACGUGGGCUGGCUCCGAGGCCUGUUCCACUGUAGCUCGGCCCCGAAACACUCUGGGUUGGGUCUAAUGAUUAUGGGUGCCAUCUCCUGCUUUCUCGUCCUGGCGUGGGUGGCAUGGCGUGGGGUUUUAUAG